CCUCCCGUUAUAUUGCUAACACUGCUAGCGGGAACUUACAUUCAGCUAACCGAUAUCAACGUUAGCUUGGUGGAUGCAGUCCGAUGUCCGUGCUGAUCGAUUAUUGUUUGAGUCCGACAAACGAUGGCCAGCAGCUGCAAUUGGAAAGAACAAAAAUGCUUCAACUAAUCUGUCGUAGAGGAGAGAGGAGCGGUCGACGUCUCCUGGACAGCUACUUAACGUUCGUCAGCUAGCUUAGGCCAGCAACAGCAACCGCCGACUUUCGUUAAAAAAUACACGAUCAGGGUGUUGCCCAUCAACAAUACAUUGUUUAAUAAUCUCCACAAUAUGAUAUAUGGUACAAAUGUUGCGUGCUGUCGUGUUUAAUUCAUUUUUAGCAGCUGUAGCACGGCCCGCCCAGCCUGUCAGAACAAAGUGUCAUGGAAUCCGAGCGUCCGUUAGCUGGAUGCUAACGCUAACGGGCCAGCCUUUCACAAACCCAAGCUAGCCUCGUAAGGUUAGCAUGAAGGCUUCUCAGCAGGAUUCAACCGGACACGAUGAAACAGCCAUUCAAACACUGAACCACGAGUUAAAUGAUCGCAUUAUGCAGCACACUGGCAGCUUUAUAAAAACUGGAUGGAAAAAGUUCUCCUGCUCACAUGUACCUCAGAUCACAGCCCAGCAGGCAGCACUCUCUUCUCUCACCAGCAACCAAGACACAAUGAUGCACUUAAGGACUCUAAUUUUCACAUCUGUUAUGCUCCCAUGGAUGUUGUCUUCUGCUGCAAAAGAUGAACACUUCGAAGCAAGGAAACCUGCGAAUGACUUUGUGAACAUACCAGACUAUGAGAGUGACCAAGAAGUACCUCAAAAAGCGAUUGAGCUUCCAACGUGUCUGCUUUGUGUUUGCCUGAGCGGAUCUGUUUACUGUGAGGAGGUGUCCCCUGAAAUGUCAACCGUCCCAGCACUGCCAAAAGAAACAGCAUAUCUGUAUGCACGCUUUAACAAAAUCACAAAAAUCAGCAACGGCGACUUUGCAGACAUGGUCACAUUAAGAAGAAUUGACCUGACUGGAAAUCUCAUCACUGAAAUUGAAGAUGGAGCUUUUUCAAGACUCUCCAAUCUGGAAGAACUCUCUCUUGCAGAAAACAAACUGGCCAAGCUUCCAAUGCUGCCCAACAAGCUUGUAUCAUUCAACGCUAAUUUCAACAAACUAAGAACCCAGGGGGUAAAGGCAACUGCUUUUAAAAAACUCUCAAAACUGGCGUAUCUUUACCUUGGGAACAAUGAACUGACGGCAGUGCCUCAACUUCCAGAGUCUCUUCAUGUUGUGCAUUUCCAGAACAACAAGAUCGCAACAAUAACAGAUGAGACGUUCUGCCAAGGAAACUCCAGUCACUACAUCAGGACCAACAUGUAUGAGGUGAGACUAGAUGGGAACCCCAUCAAGUUCGAGUCACCUGAGAGCUUCAUCUGUCUGCAGUCUCUCCCCAUCAACUGAAAAGAGCAUGCCUUUGUCAGGGGGUCUUAAAUGAAGGAUGCAGAUAUAUAAAGAGUCGAAACGUCAUUUGUUGUUAAAUACUGUUAAGUUACAUUUUAUAUACUCAAAUCUGCCUUACAGUUUAUGACCUCAUUGUUUUACAUUAGACAGAAGUCAUAUAAUUACAGACCAUUUUUGUAUUUGUUUUGUUCCAAUAUUUUCCAGUGUUGCUGUUUUGUCAUGGCAGGUGCUACGCAAUGUACAAUAUAUAAAAUGAAAACAUAGACUUGUCAUAUCAGUAUUCAAUGAUUGUUGAAAUUAUUUCAUGUGAUUGCACACCAGAGGUAUCAUCCCUGCUAUUGUUUCUUAAACCAAAGGUAAUAGUACUAAUAAAGCCUGCAUGUCUAAAGUGA